CGUUCUAUCACACACUACUAUUUCUCAUCAUAUCUUGUCUUUGUAAGUACACUUCAUCUCUUAUCCGUGCAUAUCAUAUCACCUCUUCACAUCAAAGCUCGUGAAAGAGCGAAAUGAUGAGUAUCGUGUCUUCCUGAAUGCGUAUAUGCGUUUGGCAUACUUGCUUGCUUGAAUAUUUGUCCCUCUGACCCAUCAUCAUUCUUGGAUGCCUUGUUGAUGUGCAUAAUCUCAUACGAAAUAAGCUGAUAUAGAGGUAGACAUGUGACCCGCCCAUCAUGGGCAAACUCAACUACUCCUCUAGGAGAAUAUCCGGCAUCAAAGCUGGCAAGACCAUUUCCAAAGACCUGAAAAAACGAAUCCCGUCUAGACCAGGCUCAAGAAGCACCGCGGCGCGCGAUCCCCAUCUCGAGAUCGACGCCACAGGCAGAGACCUCGAAGACGCCGGCCUCGCGGAGUUCAUCGGCGACUUGAUCCGCUGCAUCGAGUACAAGGAAGAGGGCCAUGCAGACGGCGUUGUCAAAGUAACGGAGCUGCGUCUGCGCGGCAACAAGCUCACUGUGCGCGCGCUGGAAAAUCUGACGGAGGUUGUCAAGCUGAGUGCUGCUGAUCUCCGCGAGUUGGACCUUUCUCAGAACGAUAUCCGGGUUGAGUCCGCUGAGGAUAAGAGGGUUUGGGGGAAGUUUCUAGAGGCGUUUCAGAAUUGCUUUCUUGUGAGGAAGCUCGAUUUGAGUGGGAAUGAGAUUGGGCCUGUUGGUGUUGAGGUGCUGGCUAGGGCUUAUGUUCAGAGUGAGCUGGACUUUGUGGAGGAGGAUGCGGAGGAUGUUAUUGGUGGGGCGGGCGUUGCUCAACAGGAUGUGGGUUCUGCUGGAUCGUCAUCUGCUCAGUCUUCCUCUAGACAGUCUGGACAUGGAAGAAGGGGCCAGCCUAGGGAGAGGGCGUCUGCUAGCAGAAAUAUUGGUAAGUUUCAAGCCAGUUCUGCUCCUGAUGGAAUCGCAGCUAACGGUUGUUAUUCUCCAGCAUCUGCCCAUGUAAUCUCGCCUCACGAGCUCAGGAAGUUCGCAUGCACUCGCGGCCUGCGCUCCAUUCCAUACCUUAUUCUGUCCGACAUCGAGCUGUCGAGCACCGGCGCAAUUCAUUUGGAAAGCAUGCUCGCCAUGCAGCAGACCCCAGAACAUCUCCUAGCCUUUCUCCCCCAGGGUAAAGCAAUCGCUGUUCCGGAAGCUGAGAACGGCAACACAGGAAGCGUGAUUUGGCUUCCGAACGAUGCGCUGUCUGAUCACGCGAAACGUCUUCUCGAGGUGUCGGAGACUAUUUCCAGAUUGAACCACAGCGGCAGCUCAUCAGAUAUCAGUGAUAUCGAUGAUAUGUCGGAGGGGUCGGAGUACGGGGACGCAGACGCGGAGCAGAAACAGCGUGAUAAACUCAAGGUGGAAUAUGAGAGGCUCUCCAAGAGGGUUCGCUUGGACGCUCUACUCAAGGCAGGGAUCACCGGAUCUGAGUUGUGGUCUCGCACACUGUUGAUGCAUGCUGUAUCGCGUGCUUUGCUGCUCGAGGACAAAGAUCGAGUCGUCGAAAACACUCCCGAAAUCAGCGCUUCCGAAGAGAUGGGUGAAACGUCUGAAGCUCAUGAACAACCAAGAGAGUCGGGACAAGAGGAGCAGCAAUUGGAAACCCAGGAAUCUCUUGGAGACGUCAUUGCGGGCCACAAUACAUGGGUGGGUGAUAAUGCUGGUCCAUUCCAGCCAGGCAGCAGGGGCUUUGAAGAAAACUUCCCCAGCCUGAACAGCGCCCCGAAGGCCGUACCCCAAGAGAGCGAAGACCAGAGCUCCAAAUCGGACGCUGGAAAAACCACGCAGUCCUCCCCGCAGUCGAAAGAGUCUCGCCCCAAGAACGCGAACCGUCGCAAGUCAGCACCUCGCCCAGCUCAGAAGGAGGAAUGGCGAUAUGGACUCUCGCUGGAUCAGUGGCGUCAGAUCAUCGCUGAAGCUGUCAACGCGGACGGCACUUUGAGCACUGCCCAGCAGGUUCGCAUCAUCCGUCACGCCUCUGAUUGGGACUGCCUAAAACAGGAGAUCAGCAUCGGCGGAGCGCAGAAUCACCAGCAGAUUUGGAAGUAUCUGGAGACUGUGGGAUGUUUUAUUUACGGCACCAUUUGA